AUGUCCGUCACGUGGUGGUGCGCGUGGGUGUGCGCGUCGCGGCGGCCGCCUCCCGCGCCCUGCGCCGCCCCCGCCGCCCCCAGGCCGCCCAGCCGGCUGCCGCCCAGCGUGCCGCCGGCCUGCGUGCCCUCGCUCUUGGACGCCUCCUCCGGCGGCCCGGCCGACGCCUGCGAGCCCACGUGGUUCUGCUGCGUUCCCACCGACGCGGAUGCCGUCCCGGUCGCGGCCGACGCCGCCGCCGGCGCCGCCCCCGCGGAGGUUGCCUUGAGGGAGCCGUUGGUGGCGGCGUCCUGCUGCUGGGUGCCGCGGUCCCGCGUCUGCCGGCCGCCGCCGCCCCCCGCGCCGCCGCCGCCCGGUAGCGUCGACGCAGACGCCUUGCCACCGCCGACGCCGCCCCCGGCGCCGCCCCCGCCACUCACGUUGUCGUACAGGGAGGUGCUGGAGGUGGCCGCCGUUACCUUGUCCCCGCGGGAGCCCGGCGCCGCGUCCGUGUCUGUGCCGCGAGUUUGCGCCCGCGGCAGCGUGGCGGACCCUGCGGGAUAG